GAAGAGGAAGAGGAGGAGGAGGCAGAACUAGUGGAUCCUUUAACCACAGUAAGGGAGCACUGUGAGCAGACUGAGAAGUGCGUGAAGGCACGGGAGAAGCUGGAGCUGUGUGAUGCGCGAGUGUCUUCAAGGUCCCACACACAGGAGGAAUGUACGGAAGAGCUUUUUGACUUCCUGCAUGCCAGGGACCACUGUGUGGCUCACAAACUCUUUAAGAAUCUGAAGUAAAUGUUGGAGCAAGUCCCACCAUCUGCCUCCAUCGUUCAGCUGGAACACGGUGCCGUUUCUUUUUGGAUUCCAAGUGCUGCUUGCUGCCCGUUCUUGUGAAUGUACAGUAUAAGUGAGCAGCUUCCUGACUGUGCUGCGGUGAUCCAGGUGCCAUCGUGUCAUCGCAUCUAUCGUCCAUGAAAAACACGCAGCUGUAACAAAACCAUCUUCUGUGGUUUUCCAUAUUAAACAUAUUCAAAGUUCCUGUGGAAA